UAAGUAAUUUUUGCGCAAACCCAGCCCUUCGUCAACUGGACGUUCUUCUCGUGGCUUUCCCCUUCCGCACCAUCGUAUGCUUCGAAAGCUCUCUACUUCCCUCUUGAGAUCAAGCCACCGAACCCAUGCCUACGCCCUCCUCUCCGGCCACGCCCGCUCGCGCCGCGCCGACGAUGCCCUCGCUCUCCUCGACGCCACGCCCCACGCCGACGCUCGCUCAUGGAACGCCGCCGUCUCCGGCCUUGCCAAAUCCCGCCAACCCCGCGAAGCCCUCACUCUCUUCGUCCGCAUGACCCGAAGUCCCUCAAAACCCGAUGACUUCACCUACGCCACCAUCAUUCCCUGCUGCGAUUUGGCCGUCGGUCGUCAAGUCCAUGCGCAGAUCGUCAAGGUCUGCUCGACCUCGGACCCUUUUAUCGGCACCAAUCUGGUGAGGGUGUAUGCUGACGGGGGCGAGAUGGGGGACGCGAGGAAGGUGUUUGAUGAAAUGCUUGAAAGAGAUUCUGUGUCUUGGAACGUUUUGGUGCAUUGUUAUGCCAAGUUUGGGGCGCGUGAGUUGUUCAUGCAGCUGUUUCGGGAGAUGGUUCGGGAUGGGAUUUGGUUGGAUGAGUUCACCCUUGCAAUCGUUCUGAAUGAACUCACCGGUCGCUUGCGAGUUCUUGCAGGGAUGCAGGUGCACUCUUUGAUGGUAAGACAUGGAUUCUGUGUCGAUCGCUUCGCUUGCAAUGCUUUGUUGAAUUUGUAUUCCAAAUGUGGGUUUGUUGCUUCGGCAGUGAGAUUGUUCAAUGAGAUGCCUGAGCAAGAUGUGGUUUCUUGGACUGCGAUGAUAGCAGGGCUCUUGGCGAACGACCAUGAGAGGGAUGCUUUGGAGGCUUUUUGUUCAAUGCGGAUGGCUGGGGUUGAGCCUAAUUCUUUCACAUUUGGCAGCUUGAUUGGGUUCUGUGCGAGUACUAGUGCCUGUGAAAGGGGGAUGCAAUAUCAUGCCCUUGUGUUGAAGUAUGGAUUGGAACUCGAUGUUGUUGUGGGGAGUGCACUGGUGGAUAUGUACUCAAAGUGUGGUGAGAUGAACGAUGCGUUGAGACUCUUCCAGUGCUUGCCUGAGAAGGACCUUGUUUCAUGGAAUGGAAUGAUAUGUGGGUUUGCUCAAAAUGGAGAUGCUACUAAAUCUUUGCAACUCUUUGAUGAGAUGACAAGAUUACAUCAGCCAUCGGUCACCCCAAACCAUAUCACUUUUGUGGGUGUCUUAAGUGCAUGCAGUCAUGGGGGCUUUGUUCACGAGGGUUGUAGCUUCUUUAAUGACAUGGUCCAUGAGUACUCAAUCGAGCCCCAGGCUGAGCACUAUGCUUGUAUUGUUGAUCUUUUGGGCCGAGCAGGACUCUUAGAAGAGGCCGAGGCAGUUAUUCUAGCAUUGCCUUAUGAGCCUGAUGCGGUGAUUUGGGGUGCAUUGCUAGGAGCUUGUAGAGGGAGUGGGAAUCUGGUCAUGGCAGAACGCAUUGCAGGGAGACUAUCCAUGGUUGAGCCCAAGGAUUCUUUCAAUUAUGUCCUCCUGGCAAAUAUGUAUAGUGUUAAUGAGGAGUGGAAUGAGGCAUUGGAGGUUAGGGAGGUUAUGUGUGCCAAUGGAGCUCAGAAAUUGAUGGGGAGCAGUUGGAUUGAGAUUAGGGGUCAUGUACAUUCUUUCACAUCAGGUGGUUAUGUUCAUUAUCCACAACUUGAAAUAAUCUUUGAGCUGUUGCAGAAGUUACAGCUGAUGAUGUUAGAGGAAAGGUAUCAGACAGACUCAAUUCAUGUGCAGUAGAAUUACAGAGCAAUGCAACCUGCAUUCAAACAACUUAUUUCAGCCCCAGAGAAGUAGAGGAGAUGAUGUCUUAAUCAUAAGGGGGACCCAUAUUUUGGUGUCAAACAUGCCUUAGUUCUGCACCUGAUCUGGUAUUUACCUUCUCUCAGUCUUUACUCUUUUCUAACCGGAAUCCUUGAGUUUAUUAUCAAGAUAGCUGACCAGCGAAUGACAGAGCAAUUUUUUCUGUAAGCAGUGACAAAGAAUAUAUACAAAGGGACUAAGAUGAUGCAAUAGCCAGCUCCAGUUCACAGUGGAUCUAUCUUUUUAAGUAUUCCUGUAUGCCUAGAUUCAGCAUUUGUCUUCUUCGCUUACCUUUGCUGUGCACUUGCAGUAAUAGUGAAAUUGGAGCUUACUUGACACUAUGCGACCAUUUGGAAAUAUUCUUCAGUAAGGCCCUAUGUGCCUAGAUUGAAUGCUCAAUUGGCUGUAUUCUGUUUUGCUGGGAGCCUUACUGAUUUGUAUCUGAUGGACCUGUAAGAACAAUGAAAACACUUUGUCUGGUAUAUAAGAUUGUGGACUUACAGCUGCAUCUGGUAACUGGAAAGAUCGGAAUAGAAUAUAUAAUGCUGGAGGUGAAUGAUAAUUGUUCAACCUCAGAUCCUUUGAAACUUGCCAUUUUAAGUCAGAUUUUUCAUCUUUUCUAUCCUACAGUAUUUGGAGGAAAAUUUAUUGGGUAGAAGAUAGUGUUGGAAAGGGACCAAAAUUGUUGAUCCUCAGCUUGCUUAUCAUGGUGGUGCACAUAAUGAUCAUGGGCGGCAAAUGCAAUAAUUAGUUAAGGGUCAUUUUUUAUUCAUUUUGGAGCAAAAGGAGUCUAAGAAGAUGGAUGUGAAAUCUCUCUCUCUCUCUCUCAAUUGGAACUUCCUAGGCCAAACUCUUGGAAACGCUUCUGCAGGUUGGAAGCCAUAACCUCCCAUCUUCACAAGGGUUUUGGGGGGUCAGGGUUAUCUGGGGAGGGCGACCUUUCAGGUAGCUCAUUGCCUACGGAUCCUUCUAUGAAAAAAAGAAUUUAGUUACGUUAUCACUUGGUAUUUGUAGCAUGUAAUCAUGUAUUUUCUUUUGCCUGUAUUGGAAAGACAAAGGCAUGGAACUCUCUUUUGGCCUUGGUUAUGCUGUUUUGAUUUGUUAUUCCUUAAAAUGUUUUCCUUUCUAAUAAGAUGGUGAGCGUAUCUUUAAUCAUUCCUUAUGUUGUACAAUUUUGUGUUGACAAGGAAGGGUAAGUGUUGAUGUAUGAUUUUAUGUUGUCAGUAUGAUAAAUUUAUCUUUGAUAUAAUUGUCCAAGUUGCCAUGCAACAGGUUUGUCAUCAUGAUUCUGCAUGGGCGGACCAUGCACAAUAAGCUUGUUGAGGUAGGGAUGAAAUUCAUAACUCUUUUAUUAUUUUUGGAGCAUAUGAGAAGUAUAACAAGCCAUAUGCGAAAUCUCUCUCUCUCUCUCUCUCUCUCUCUCUCUCUCUGUCUGAGAAUUACCUGGGUCAAACUCUGGGGACAAAUGUAUGUAUUCAUUUAUAUGAAUGCUUAUUUCUGUCUUGUAUAUUGGGGAAAGGAAAGAUAUGGAUGUCUCCAAAAAAGGGAAAGAGAAAAAAGGCACUGGUUAUGUUAUUUGGACUUCUUUCUUUUUUUAUUCAUGGGGUGACCCCAAUCACUUUUCACUUGUUUCAGCAUACUGUUUAUUCAUGGUUCAACAUCAGGACAAGAAAAUUUAGGAAGAAAAGUUAUUUAA